UUUUCAGAUCAAUUUCUGCCACGAUGUCUCACGGAUACGAAAAUGGAGAUGAAUUCGGUGUCAAGGAGAUCAUUGAACAACAUCGUGAUAAUCUGGGAAAACUGUUCAUCGGCAGGCUUCACAGAGCAGUGACAGACGACGAAAUCCGAGAUGCAUUCUCAGCCUUCGGAAAUGUUACGGACUGCGUUGCCAUCAAACAGAAAAAUCCUGACGGAAGCGUCGAAGGAAACAAGGGUUUCGGUUUCGUCACUUUCGACGAUGUGCAAGCUGUAAACGCCGUGAUGGACGAGUUCACUCAGAAUGGAAUUGAGCUGAGAGGACAGAAAGUUGACGUUAAGAGAGCCAUUCCAAAAGAUCUUCAGGUCCAGAACCCACAAGUGGCCCACGCCCGUACCAAGAAGUGUUUUGUGGGGGGACUGAGUCAGAACAUGGAUGAGCAGGAACUGGAGAGGUAUUUCAACGCGUUUCCCAUCAGUGGAAUCGAAAAGAUCGACUUCAAGGGAAAGUUCGCGUUUGUCGAGUUCAAACAUGAGAAUGAUGCUGACCUUCUAUCUAUAAUCAACAAACACGCACCGCCAAAACAAGGUAACCGACCUUUCGAAGUGAAGAAAUCUGAACCCAGGGAAGGCAUGGCUCCUGGCGGUGGCCGAGGAGGAUUCGGAGGCAGGGGAGGUGGUGGCUUUGGAGGCCGAGGAGGAGGACGAGGCGGUGGAGGUUUCGGUCGAGGUGGCGGCGGCGGAUUCCGAGGUGGUGCCGGAGGAGGAUACGGCGGUGGAAACCAGUACUCUGGAGGCAGUGGGUACGGAGGAGGCGCCGGCGGAUACGGAGCAGCGGGUGGAUCUUACGACUCGAGUUUUGCUUAUGAUUCAUUUGGAGCUGCAACUGCCACCGCAGCAACUGGAUACGGAGCUGCAACUGGAUACCCGGCAACCACCGCUUACGGAGCCUAUGGUGGCAGCGCGUAUGGAGGAGCCCAGACGGAGUAUGACGCGGGAGCUGGCUAUGCCCAGGGAUACAUGCAGUCCGGUGCUUACGGAGGACAGACAAUGGGAUCUUACGCAUCGGAAUCGUCGAGCUUUGGACCUACCAGAGGAGGACAACGCGGAGGUGCCCGGGGAGCCAGCGCAGGCCGAGGGGGAGGUGGCCGAACCAGACCUUACUAAACAGCUACAAAAUUCUAGACCACAACACUCUUUUUAGUUGGAUGGACUGGAAUAUUAUUAUCUGUUGGUUAGCGCGUGCGCUCGUGUCGUUUUCAAUUCAAUCUAGGAGCUUAGAAGUGCAAUGAACAACACCACUGAGGAACAUCAGAAGAUUAUCUUAACCCUAUCACUCAUUCUUAGAGGUCAUUUGAGGUCAACUACCAUCUAACGCUUAGCUUAGGCACCCUUUCCUAUCCUAGGCUAAGACUUCUUACUACCAACAAUAUUCAAUCGGCCUAAGAUACCAUCUGUAUUAAUAUCGCUGAACGACUAGCGUAAGACAAACUUUCGACCGAUACUUAAUGUUUUUAAGUUGUGUUUUCUAUAUCGGCAUAAGUUAGAGACUACUUACUACUGUAAGCUAGAUUUUGAAUUACUGGAUCACUUUUAAACAACUUUUCUUAGAUAUUUAUUCAUAAUAACUUAGGCAGGAAGCUCUUUUAAAUGUGAUCCAGCGUUUAAGAUCCAAGAUUUGUGUGAAUUUCUUACCGUAUGCUUAAUAAAUUUUAGUUUCUCUUGAUGUAAACCCAGAAUAAAUGUGAAGUUUAAGAAUUGAAUAAGCGAUUGCUCCUCCGAUUUUGUUGUUGUCGUAUAAGUAACCGACCCUCUGUUGUUUCUUUGUGUUGAAAUAUCUCUUGACUUUUUUAUUGUGCAUCUUUUCUAAAUAUUUCGCGUUGUUCAAUUGAUUUUAUCGGCUAUAA